AUGAAAAAGCCAUUCCUGCUGUCAAUCACCAGUGGCUUGACAAUAAGAAAGAGGAAGCAGGGCCCCCACCCGUUCGGGCGGCUGCAGACCCGGUGCUUGGUAACCCGGCAGGUCAGCGGCUCCGCCCCGGCCUCGGCCUCCGCCGGCCCGGGGCCGAACACUGGCAGCGCCUGGCCGCCGUCGCAGCUCCCAGUACUGGACGCGGCGGGCAGCCUGGUGCCCUUGGGCGCGCUGUUCACACGGCAGCGGGCCGUGGUGGUGCUCGAGCGGCAUUUCCUGUGUUACAUUUGCAAAGAAUACGUGGAAGAUCUGGCUAAAAUCCCCAAGAGUUUCCUUCAAGAAGCAAAUGUCGCCCUUAUAGUAAUUGGACAGUCUUCUUACCAUCACAUUGAGCCUUCCUGCAAACUGACUGGAUAUUCUCAUGAAAUUUAUGUUGAUCUUGGGAGAGAGAUUUAUAAAAGAUUGGGGAUGAAAAGAGGUGUAGAAGUUGUCUCCUCAGGACAGAGACCCCGUGUAAAAUCGAACCUGCUCUCGGGAAGCCUGCAGUGCCUGUGGCGGGCAGUGACGGACCCUCUUUUUGAUUUCCAAGGUGACCCAGCUCAGCAAGGUGGAACCCUCAUUUUGGGUCCAGGUAACAUCAUCCACUUUAUACACCGUGAUAGGAAUAGGUUGGAUCACAAGCGCAUAAACUCUGUGUUACAGCUUGUAGGAGUUCAGCACAUGAACUUCACAAGCAGACCCUCCAUUAUCCAUGUGUGA